GCCCACCUCCCACCUCCAUUUCUGCGCUGUGGCCAUCACUAAUGUGGACACUUCCUCACCUUUCUUUUCUACACUCUGACCCUGGGGAUUAAAGGAGGUCAUUGUCACAUCAUCAUUGGCCAGCCAAUCAGGUGGGCACCUCCCUCCAAGGACCUCCUUGUGCCAGAGGAGUUCUCAGCCUGCUUCAGUGGAAGGAGGGAGCCACGAAGGAAGCCUGGUAUAAGUCCAAAGAUGAUAAUUACAACAUGGAUUGUGUACAUUCUCGCCCGGAAAGGUGCCGGGUUCCCCUUCCCACCGAAAGUCAGUUCGGACGUGGAAGUUGUGGAGAGCGAGGCUGUGUCUGUAGUACAGCAUUGGUUGAAAAAGACUGAAGAAGAGGCUUCCCAGGACAUAAAGGAGAAGAUGUCCACCAACUGCCCUCCCACGCAUGGCCAAGAUGUACAUGUGACCAGAGACGAGGUGAAGCACCACCUCUCAAAGUCUGGUUUGUUAACAAACCAGAGUCAGGAGGUCCUGGAGGAAAGAACAAGAAUCCAGUUCAUAAGAUGGAGCCGUACCCGUAUCUUUCAAGUGCCAAGCGAGGUGAGAAAUGAUGCCAUGCGAGAACGGAUAGAGCAGGUGAGACGAAGCAUAUGCCAUCUCACGGAUGAGGCAUCUCAGGAGCUUCACAAGACAAAUUCCUACUCAGACUGCUGAGAGCAGCAGGUUGAUGCCCUUCAGGGUCAAGGAGCUGCCUGUGUCGGAAGGAUGUCCAACCCCCCUUGACCUGAGGAGCGACCACACCUGGGCAGAGAGAAUCCAGUGGGUGAGCCCUUCCUUGUGACAGUGGCAGCACUGGAGUCUUCUUGCUGAACUGCUGAUAAAGAGAUGCUCUAUUUAACCACCAUCCCAGCCUCUGGUGUGAGUGCUUUG